AAAAAAUUACCUAAACGCGCAUUAUUGUGGCUAAUUACUGUAGAGCUAUCUAAACAGUCUUUGAAGCAAUUGCAGCAAAAGUAUCAGAACGAUUUGUUAAAUUAUGUCAAAGUUAUUUUACUAGAACUGUCUAUACAGUCAUCCAAAUUUUAAGUAAAACCGUAAACUGAGGAGAUUAUUUAAAAGUUUCAAAAAGUAUCUAAACUCAUUUCGGGUAUAACACAACGUUGUGUGUUUGUCCAAGGGAAAGCACUUUUUAUUAGUGGGACAUCCUUCAGCACAUAAUUAUUUCCCUUAUUUUUGAAUUUGUCAUUUUAAAUAAAAUUUUAUUCAUGUGUAUAUCAAAGGAAAACUAUUUAUAAGAAUGCAUGGCUACAUAUAUAUAUAUGUAAAACAAGCCCAGAGAUGACUCAAAUACAUGUUAAUAGUUUAGUUAGAGUUGGCACUUAGCAUAUCAGAUAGCAAGUGUUAUUUAUUUUCUCAUAUCAAAUAGCAAGUGUUAUUUAUUUUCUCAUAACAAAUAGCAAGUAUUAUUUAUUUUCUCAUAUCAAAUAGCAAGUGUUAUUUAUGUUCUCAUAUCAAAUAGCAAGUGUUAUUUAUUUUCGCUAAACCUGGGUCUUACUCUGACAUUGUAUACCUAGCUACAGGUCUUGCGAAAAUAUCAAAUAGGGACAACACAAUAGAUUUUUGGGGACAAAUGUUUCUAUAUUUUUCCUCAAAUCAAAUUGUGUAUGAAAAUCCUAAUUGGUUGAUCAACCCAUGACUAGUAUACAUGUAAUUGUUGUUACAGUCGUGGUUUAUAGAAAACGAUAAAAAAAUGUGUUUCUAUGGAGACGAUAUUUAAUCUUUAAUUGCCGACCUUUAUUCUAUGUACUAAACUUAAGGUAAUUUGGCAAAAUGCAAAACUACAGCAACGAGGUUUCCGAGUUGUUAAAAGUUUGUUCGCUUUUAAAGGCUAAGAAGUUAGAAGUAGCGGUUAUAAUUACGUGUCCAGACAGUGAAGAAAGCAUCUUUGUUGGGACUGAUUUGGGAAGAGCAUUUCUUGAAACAAGAAGUGAUGUUGCAAGUGAAUUCCACGUUUAUUGUCAAAUAGUCAAUGCGCGUGAGGUUCCCAAUGUUGACAUCGACGAGAUUCAUCAAACACAUAAUGACAUUAACAGUGAUGUUCCCAAAUGUAAUUUCUUCGGCGUUAUUGAGAACCACACCGAACGCAAUGUAAAUGUAGCGGUUUGUUCUAACAGUGAGGAGUUUGAUGCUGAAAAAGAAAUAGUUGAAAUGGAUACAGCAGACGCCAAUUCUGCAGUUCAAUAUCUUAAAGAGGACGGCGAUCUAAAGGCUAUGCAGAAUAAUGAUUAUAAGGCUGAUGGAACUGUCUACAAAGAAGAACACAGUUUCAAAGGGAAUAGCAUUUCCGACACCAGUUUAAACAUUGUUGAAAACUCGGACACAAAUAGGGGACACAAGAGAACAAUCCGACGGAAUGUAAUAGUCAGUGAUACUACUUUGAAAUAUGCUUUUUCUGACGAUAAAGGAAAUGAAGUCACUGGAACGUUUAUUGACAUGGUACGGAUAUCUAGAAAACAUGGGAAAACACUUCAUAGUUGCAAUCUUUGCAAAGCAAGUAUGGAUGACAAAGCCGUUACAGAGACACACUUGCAAAAACAUCUAGUGAUUAAGUGCUUAAAUUGCCCAAUCCAGUUUACAAACUACAAAAAGCUUGUACUACAUUUAAGAGAACACAUAAGACGUCCGUAUAUGUGUGAUAUUUGCUAUAAAAACUUCUGGGACAAACAAGAAAAAGAAUGGCAUGAAACUCUUCAUUCGGACAAGUUAUUAUGCUCGGUAUGCAGCGCAGAAUUUGACGACCUGUUGAAGUAUAAAUCUCACAUACGAAACUCCCAUUUGCCAAGAAAACAUAAAUGCCAGUUUUGUCCGUGUUCAUUUUCGCAAACAAAGAAUUUGAGAUUCCAUGAAAAGUGGAGUCAUAGUGAAAAACAAUUUCGUUGCGACAAAUGCGAGUGUAAAUUCUACACAAACUACCAGCUGAAAAAGCACACGGAAAAGAAGCAUGUGGAUACACGUGGCACAUGGGCAUGCGAGGUGUGUCAGAAAGUAUUCAACGACAAAAGGUACCUCAGUAAUCACAUGCGAAUUCACACAGAUCCUCAGAUUUGUGAAGUGUGUGGAAAGGCCUUCAAUUGUAGGGGACAGCUGAAGCAGCAUCUUGAUACAGUCCAUGUUGAUGACCCGCCUUUUAAGUGUGAGAUUUGUGAACAGGCUUUUCACUUAUCUUCUCGCCUUAAGAGGCACAUGCGCACUAUUCACGGACCGGAAGAUCUUAGGAAGGAGUUUACAUGCUCCUUUUGUGGAAAAGUGUUCAAGACAAGUGGCUCUUUGAAAAGCCACGUCAACGUACAUACAUGUGGCAAGGUUUUCAAAUGCGAACGAUGUGAUAAAUCGUUUCUUAGACAUUCUUCUUGGUAUAUACACAAUCGAGCAGUACAUUUUGAAAAUUUUGAGGAAGGCAAAAUUAAAUCGUCGUGCAGAUAUUGCAAAGAAAAGUUCAAAAACUCGAACAGACUCUUUCAGCAUAUAAAGCAGAAUCAUUAUGAACAAGACUUAGCCCAUCCGCAACCAUAUAUGCAAAUGUGUUCUAUUUGUUCAAAAGUUUUCCUGAAAGAACACUACAAGACACAUAUUAACAUGCACAAUGGCAUAAAACCCCACAAGUGUUUAAUAUGUGAUAAAGGUUUCACGGACCGAAGUAAUUUACGUGGUCAUUUGAAAGGUGUCCACAAAAAUGGAGAAUUUCCUUGUAUUGUUUGUGCCUUAGUUUUUACAAACGGAUACGACUUUAAAAAGCAUGUCGAUGAACACACCGAUGUAGUUACAGUUUAACGCAUGUUAUCGUAUUAUCCAUAUUAUCUAUAUUGAUUUUGCUUUGCUCGUCACGUUGUUUUUUUCGACUGUGCGCUGACAGCCCCUUUCAUUUAAAAAAGUUUGUGUAAUGCUUGAACUAAAUCUGAGUUUUGAUACCCAAAUCUGUUUUAUUUUGUAUGCAAUUAUUAAGGAAUUAAUUGCUAAAUAGUCUGUUAGUUUAUUCCUGUAAUUACCAAUGCUUAUGUCGAAUUUCACAAAAAUGGUCUUCUCCGAUAGAAAACUAAACAAAGACUGGCUUUAUAGCGCUUUUUUCAAAACAAAUAAUUAACAGUGAAUACUAGCUUGUACAUAAAGCUGUUGUCCAUGUUCAAGUUAUUAUAUGUGAAUAUUGAAGAUAGUCUAUUAAGGAUAACGGUAACUGUAGUUUGUGCAAGUCUUGAAUUCGCCCCGCGCCAACAUGCCUUCGAACAAUUUGCCUACACAAAAACUUUAGUUCUCUUGGCUGAUCUGAAAUUAUAAAGUGCCAUGGGUGUUUUCUAUUGAGCAAGGCAAAACUAAUAUGGAUUUCAGAAGAACGACGUAGAAAAUACGUGAUAUACGGUUAUUUUUUUAGUAAUACGGUAUACUUUAGUGCACGUAAUAUUGGAUAAAAUGGCUCGUCUGUCGACGCGUACCAAAAUGUAUGAAAAUAUUGCCAACACCAGACACUCGGAAAUAAUAGUAUCUUACUUGGUUAAAUCAGUAUUUAUUUCAGACGAUAACACAUUAAACUUGUGCGUUGAAUCCGAUAAAUAACGAAACAUAUAUAGUUGGUUUGAAUUUGAUGAAGAGCAAUGCUUAACAAUAAAAUAUUUUAUACAGAAUCGAUAAUUAAAAGAAACACAGGC